AUGUCGAUCACAGCCGUCCUAGUGCCGGCACUGCGAAUUUCUGCUGCCUUGGUCGCGGCGCCGAUUGGCAUCGCACUGGAGACGGCUGCUCUCACCACGUCUCACGGCCCACGCCAGGUGGCGUCUCGCUUUCUGCAUUUAUGUCCCCCAUCCGCACCGCUUGCAUGGUACAGCAGAACCGCUGAGGGCCGAACCGGACCUGUGCGGCCGUCUUUCCUCCCGCGCGACGCCCGCCGCUUUUCCUCCACAGACACUUGUGCUUUCACCCUGCCUCCUCUUCCGUACGCCGAAGAUGCCCUGGAACCACACAUCAGUGCAGAGACUCUUCGGUUCCAUCAUGGAAAGCACCACGCUGCUUAUGUCAACAAGUUGAAUGGCUUCAUCGAGGGCACACCGUUCGCUGGCAAAAACCUCGAAGACAUCGUCAAAAGCUCCUCGGGAGCCAUAUUCAACAAUGCGGCGCAAGCGUGGAACCACGAGUUCUAUUUCAAAAGCAUGAAACCAGUUUCCGCUGGGGGCGGGGGUGAGCCUGAUGGCUUGCUUAAGAAAGAGAUUGAGGCAGCUUUCUCUAGUUUCACCCAGUUCAAGGAUGAGUUUUCCAAAGUGGCGGCAGGCCACUUCGGUUCAGGGUGGGCGUGGAUCGCCUGGGACAAACAAAAGAAGAAAUUAGUCAUCGAGCAGACGCACGACGCGAAUACGCCAAUAACAGACGCAACGAAGGUUCCCCUGCUGUGUUGCGACGUUUGGGAGCAUGCGUAUUACCUGGAUAAGAAGAACGACCGGCCAGCAUACAUUGAAGGGUGGUGGAGCGUUGUCAACUGGAGCUUCGCAACUGAGAACUUGCUGAAAGCACGUGAAGAUAACUAG